CCACGUGGCCCGAUAAGGGGGCGGGUCUGCAAGCAUCGCUGAUCAACCUCCUCUUCUGUCUUCUGUCUCCUGUCUCCAUGCCAUGCAAACUACUUCCAAGCCAUGAAUGAACCACAGAACAUCUCAGAGAUAACACAGACUCUUCAGCGAGAUGUGAAUUGUCUUGGAGAUGAGAACAGGAACACUCGUAAGCGUGCCCUAGAGCGAUUAAAGAAGGAGACAAUUGGCCGUAACCCUGGUUACGACCCCCCACAGCUUCAGGGUGUGUGUGGCUUCCUCAUCAAGCCACUCUUGAGAGUAUUCUCAGAUCCUGUGGAGAAAUGUCGCGAGUUGUCCAUCUCCCUACUAGCUGAUUUCUGUGCCCAGGUGGAGGACAUGCCCACCAUCCUGCCCCUCCUCUUACCAGUGGCAGUGGCCAGACUGGGCAGGCUGGAAAUCACUGAGCCUUCAGAGGAGAUACGCCUCUCUCUAGUGUCUCUGCUCUCGGCCAUUGUGACACGCUGUGGAGUGGAUAUAGGACCCUACCUUAAUGACAUGGUGCUUAUUCUACAGAGGACUAUAGUGGACCCUUUCCCUGAAGUGAAGAAGGAGAGUUGUCAGUGCACCUCCAGGCUAGCGGAUGCCAUUCCCGUCGCCUUCCACCAACAAUCCGAGUCCCUCUCUAAACCUCUCUUCCAGUCCAUGACUCAUCAGCACUCUAAAGUCAGGCUGGCCUGCAUCAAGGCUCUUGGCUCAGUGAUCCGCUAUGGUACCCCCAAUCCCCUUACGGACGCGCUCCCCCUCCUGGCACAGAGGGCAUGUGACUCCACCCCCUCCGUACGCUCGUGUCUUGUUGAUGUCGUUGGAAACUGGCUACUGGAACUACCUGACAGGUACUCGUACUUCCACAAGCUCCUCCCCCUUCUCCUCACUGCCCUCACGGACGAACUGCCGGAGAUCAGGAGGAAAGCUAACGACAUCUGGUACAAGGUUGGCCGUCAGUACGAGGCUGAGAAUGAGGAGGAACUGAAGGACAAGAUAGACUUUGUGACGCAGAGGGAGCCAUCGCCUCUCCUUGAGUUUGGUCGUCCCAACCUUGGUUGUCGAGUGCUCGUCUACCGAAACUUCUCUAAGAUUCUACCAGCUCUCCUCAAGGACAUGACGGACUGGACCACCAACAGUAGAAUCAAGUCGUCGCAGCUGCUGUUUGUGUUGCUAGGUCACCUGGAGGAGCACACCACCCACCACAUCCAGUCAGUCCUCAGUGGACUGUACAGGGCCUGUCAGGAUGAUGAGCGCACUGUACUAGAACAGGCUACCAAGUGUGCUGAGGUGAUUGGUUGCUACGUCUCCCCCGAGGUGUGGUGUAAGCUAGUACCCCCGGCAGUGAGGACCAGUGCAGGUUGCCGAGUCAGCGGAACUGACCAGGCCAGUACAGUACCUGUUGGUCCUGUACAGUGCACCAGCUGUCUGCACGUCCUCGUUGCACUAAUGAAGGGGGCAAAGGUCGAGGUCAUUCAGCCGUAUCUUGAGGUGAUUGUGGACUGUCUCAGUGAACCUGAGGUGGGGCAGACAGAGCACACCCCCCUCUUACGAGAGCUCCUACUAGCAGUGGGUGUGGUCACAGAGGCGGCUAUUGUACUGACUCGAGAUUUGUCCUUCAAAUUGUUCACUGUUACGCUACGAGCUGAGGCGUCCAAUCAGGCGUCAGCACUUCGGGGCGAGAUAGAUAGAAUCCUUGCUCUCCUCACUUCCAGACAAGGUCACGCCUCCACACAGGGCCUCUAUCAGGACCACACCCACCAGAUACUCCAGCAGCUUGCGGAGGGUUACACUGGAUGGAGUGUCCACUCUCCUAACUGUACUCUGUUCAGUGCUCUGUUGUCAGGGGCAGGGCCGGUGUUGGGUGGUCUACUAGGGGAGGUCCUACCUAUCCUCACUUCCUGUCUCAGACCAGAUGCUGACCCAGAGAUGAGACUACAUUUCAUCACACUGCUUAUCCGACUGUUGAUGGAGGCUUCCUCUUCCAUGAACUCGCAAGACCAGUUUAACCAGUUUGCCAGUGCCGUGGUAACUGAUAUCAUUAUCCCAAACUGUGUGUGGAAGGGUGGAAGGACAGCUGCAGCCAUCAGGACGGCAGCCAUGACCUCGCUACAAGCUCUGCUACAGUCCAACCUCUUGGCCAGAGAGCAGCUAGACUCAUUCAUGUCACAGCUCAUGCCCAAGGUUAUCUCAUGUUUGGAUGAUGACAACCGCUCCACUCGUCUGGUGACUAGUCAAGUGUUGCAGCUGCUCCUCCUAACGAACCCACCCUCCAUUACAGUUAAUGUGCUCCACACGCUGUACUCUGACCUCUUGAAACGGCUGGACGACAGUAGUGAUGAGAUAAGACUCUCUAUCACACACACCUUGAUCGCAUUCAUUCGUGCAUUCCCUGAGGGCUAUGAUAGCACUCUAUACAGAGCUCAUCUGGAGGAGCUAUACAAAGGCCUCCUGAUUCACCUUGACGACCCCUCACCACAGAUACAGGAGGCUAUAUUCAAUGUACUAAAAGAAGCGGCACGGCUGGACCACCCCCUGCUGACUCAGCAGUUGCAAGAAGUCAAGCAUAAGCACAGAAGCAGCAGCUACUGCGAGCUGCUCCUUCAAUUCCUCAGCUCCUCCCACUGAACUAUAUGAUGUAGGACUACAUUUUAUCACUGCUAUAAUUAUAUGAUAUAUAUUUAUUAUGACUGCG